UUAGCGCUGUGGCAAGAGUUACUGCUUUUCUGGUAUCCCGCGCCCCCAGCAAGCAAGCACACGUAGACGCCGACACUUUCGCACACGGCCUGUAGCACCUCUCCCAGCACCGCGAUCAUGGACGAUUCCUGUGAAGAGUUCAAGAGCCUGUUCUUACUGCUCGGGCUCUGCCAGUCCGAGACUUCAGUCAGUGAUGAAAACGCCGGCAACGUGCCUGUCUUCCAUCCUGAGGCGGUCAUCGCCCACUGCUUCCAGCAGCUCAAGCAGGACGAGCUCCGCCUGCCCCAAAGCCGCCGGCGGAUCAUCAUCGCGCCUCCCAGGGCGGGGGGGCAGACGCCCAUCAGUCCCACCCCCCAACCCCGGGCUCCCCUACAGCCCAUCCCCAGCUUCAAAGCCCUGGAAGCUGGAGAUAUCCAAGAACAGCCGGAAGAUAGUAAGACCUGGCUGAGCAAGAGGGCAAAGCUACGGAAGGAUCUGGAGUCCUUUGGCGACGUAAGGAGAUGGCUGGAGAACAAGCCCAGCUUCACGCUUUCAGAGGCCAAGGUCUUGAACAUGAUCCACAAGGAGCAGAAUGUCCAAUCAGAGGCCCCCACACCUACUCCCAGGACCGCCAAGAAGAAAGCCCCCCGACUCUCCUGCCGAGUGGUGCCCCAGCUCCGGCUGCCCAAGCCCUCCGCCCUGUUGGCCCUGUUCUACUACCUACACCGCCGCAAGAUCAAGGUCCUGGAGAUUUUCAACAAGGUGGACCACAGCGAGAACCAGAGAAUCACCAGGGAGGAGUUCAUCGCAGCCUUAAAGACAGUCGGAGUCCCUCUGAAGAACCAAGAGGUGGAGGAUAUAGUGAUCUAUCUCAGCUCUCUUGGGAAGCACAAGGCCAUCACCUUGGAUACCCUGGCCAACACCUACAAGCAGUGGUCUGUGGCCCAGCAGAUGAGCACCCUGCCCACUGCACAGGAGUACUUGGCCAAGCACAGACCUUCCCCAAAGAGCCUGCCCAAGAAGCAGGCUGUGGAUCCAGCCCCAUCGCCUCCCCAGAUGGACCUGCUGACAGUGCCCGUGGUCGACAGGCAGACGGAGGCGCGGCCCAUGACCCUGGAGGAGAUGGAGGACGUGGGCAAACGGUACCGUGAGCGGAAGCGGCAGCACAAGAUCUCCAUCCCCUCCAUCCAGUACUCAGAGCGGUGCCGGCUGGUGCGCUGUGGGAACAAGCACUUUGACGAGCACUGCCUGCCAUCCACCAUCGAUGGGGAGAUGAACGAGCUCAUUGGCGUGUCCCGCAGGGACAACUUUCUGGUCUACCUGCGAUGCUGGAAGCUCUGUGAGUUCUAUGGCCUCCCGCUGACGGAGGACAUCCUCAUGAAAGCGCUGCUCUACCCGGGAGACAAGAUCGUGUUCCAGGAGGACGAGGUGCUCCCGAUCCGGCAGCCCGGAGGCUACUACUGUGACUGGAAGCUCUUCCCUCCGAACCUGGCUCUGCUCAGGUCCCAGGGCCUCAGACAGUCUGCGGCCAAGAAGACUGACAAGAAAAUGCCAAAGAAAAUCAAGAAAAUGCACUUUAAGGAGUUUGAGGAAUUCACCAGCAGCCCUAUGAAGUCAGCCUUAGCAUACCCGUAUUACAGAAGAGGAAACUGAAGCACAGAAAGGUCAAAGUCACACAUCUAUUAAGUGGUGGAGUGGGGAUUUGAACCCAGCUAGGCCAGCUCCAGGGGCUGCACUCCGAACACCACAUUAAAAUGCCUCCAGGUAACAGAUGGUGCACGGUUAAGACUUUGGGUUUUAGAGGCAGCAGACUGGGAGUCAGAUUGCACCCAUUCGCUUGCUCACUGUGUUACAGCCUCUCUAGGCCUCUGGGUCCUCACUGGAGGUUGACAGGAUAACAGAACCUACCGCAUGGAACUGCAGGGAGGACUGAGGUACUGAGGUGCUUAAUACAGUGGUAAAUCUCCACUUUGGUCACAGUUGGUGUGCUCUAGGGAGAAGGAGACUGAGCCCUGGCCUGUCAGCUGAUAACGUUCCUUCUUGUCUUCUCAUUUUCUAGGAAGCUAAAGGUGAAGAGCCCCAGUGGUCCACAGCGAACCCACCCCAAUGCCUUCUGGCCGGGACACCUUCUGGAUAAGCUGUAUCUCUACC